CUGUGAACUGUGAGCGAUAGAUGUGUCCAUGUCACACGCAAUGGAGCGCGCGGAAUAUCGCCUAAUAGACAUGCGCCCUUACGGCAAUAAGCCGAAAGAUGCGGAAGCUGUACACCCAUCACAACCUCUUCUGGAGCCUGACAAGCACCCACAAACACCACCUCUUGCUGGUCCAGAAAUAGAUGACUUGGAGGACAUUCCACCUGCAGACUCCACGCCAUACCCUGGCAUUGAUGAUGGUCUUCUGGAGCCAGACGAUAAGAAGAAUACCGAACAUGAUAAUAAUGAAGGAGACGACAAAACAGACCGCGAGGGCUCCCACCACUCGACGAAGGACGAUGGUGUCGGCACUGAAGACGGUAAAUGGCUCUACACCAGUCAAGACGAGCCCGACUAUCCUUACGAUGCAGCAAACGGUUUUGGGUAUAGAUUCGGUAUGGACGAUCGGCCCAUUUCGCCUAUGAUACCUGGGUCGAUCCCAGAUGUCAACACAUACCAACAGAAGAAAAAUCUAGCUCAAGGCAUGAUGGACUUGGCCUUAUUAUCAGCGAAUGCUAACCAACUAAGAUAUGUUCUGGAGUCUGCGUCAUCUCAUCCAUACUAUUAUCCCAGCUUGACUUUCAUCGCUCUAAGUAUUGUGUUACAGAUCGGAGUUGGCGUAGGUUUAAUAAUGAACAGUCGGUAUAAUGUAAAAGAUGAUAAAGAUAUCUGCAAAGCGGACAAGAUAAACAAUUUCACAGUUUUGGGCGUAUUUCUUGUAACAAUAGUUAAUGUGUUUAUAACAUCAUUCAGUGUGGCCUCUCCAACGGCGUCGAUACCGCAAGCGACCGUUCAACAAGCUGGAUAGACUGUAUAGACAAAGCUUAAUUCGAAUCUCGGUUUGACGUAAUUGUCAAAAAUGGCGGCAAAAUAAAGAUCUUUAAU